GGACUUGCUGUUUAAUGACUUUUAUUUCUUCUUGCAGGCUUAAUCAAGACAAACAAACCAACAUCAAACAUGCCAACACACCGCAGAGGAAGGAGCCUCUCUGAGGCCUUGACCCUGGAAGAAUCUGAGGAGGAUGGACUGGUCAUUUCCAGCUUUAACAGCGCCUCAAACAUUCAGGACCUGAAGGAAGGGGAUGAAAUUUUGGGGGCAACAAUAAAUUUUGAUCACCUGUCAAAAGAUGAAGUAUUAAAAGUUCUGAAAAUGAUGGAACCAUAUGAUGACAAUAUCCAAGUCUAUACUCGAAAAAACCUAAACAGAAGCCUUGACAGCCUGAACCAGAGUGCUAGGACUCCUGAGGCGAUGCUGAAUGAUUCCUACAAUAAACUCUACAAUGCCAAAAUAAAGAAGUUUGUGAAGAGUGACUCUAGUGGUGCAGAGGCGAGCAGUGACAUUAAAAUGUCUCUUGAGGAAUCCAAGACUGGUCAUAAAUCUGAUCAUUUCAAUGUGGAUGCUCCAUCUGGUUCAUUUACUUUGCCCAGAUUUGGGAUUAAUAAAACACCGCAAUUUAAAGGAGGCAUUUCCGCCUCUGAUGAAAAUUUGAUCAGCACAAACAUGAAAGAAACAGACUUGACCACUGACACUCCAGUUUAUAUUAAAGGUCCAUCUGGAAAGUACAAGGCUCCCAAAUUUACAAUGCCAACAUUUAAUCUGCCAAAUAUUCAAGUUCCAGACUUGAAUGGAGACAUAGACCUACCAGAUACCAAUUUAACUGGACCAUCGACAAAUCUGAAGAUUUCAAGCUCCCCUAAAAACGUCAAAAUGUCCACAGGUUUGAGUCUGAAAACUCCAAAUAUAAAAGGAGGAAUGAAAACCCCUGAUCUGGACAUGCCAAAUAGCAAAAUGAAAAAUCCUAAGAUAGAUGUCAACAAACCAGAUGUCAGCAUUGGCUCACCAAAAGCAAAACUGAAACUGCCUAAAAUAAAAAUACCCAAAUUUAGUUACCCUGGUAUGACGGGACCUGAAAUUAAUGGCAACAUAAAUGCUCCAGAUUUCAAUGUAAAUGCACCCAAUGUCAAUUUGAAAGGUCCUAAAGCAGAUCUAGAUAUGAAUCUUCCAGAUUUAUCUGGGGAAUUUAAAAAGCCAAACUUAAACUUACCUGACCUAGGUGUUUCUGGUCCAGAGUUGGAUGGCCCUAACCUGGGCCUAAAAACACCUGAUCUUGAUAUUUCUGCUCCCAAACUC